UUCAAAACCGGAUGUUUUCUGGUAAAGGCCAAUCAGAGGAAGGAUAAUCCGGCUACUAGUUCCGGUAGUUCUGGCGGUGUUUUGUCUUUGUGAUCUUGCAAUAUUUUCGUGGUACGUCGGUGCUGUGAUGUUUUGGUGGUUGCGGUGAUGCGACUAGUUUUUGCAUAGUUGGCGAGAUUGUCUGUUGGUAUAGCGGUCGCGGCUAGUGCGUGAAUUCCGCAAAUGUCAGCAGCCGCCGCGGUAGACAUAAAUAACAUACAUUACUGCAAACUCGACAUCGAGGCUUUGAUCUAUUGCGUCGAAGCUCGACCAGCCCUCUGGCACUCUCGUCACAAGGACCACAAAAACCGCUUCAAGAAACGGCUGCUGUGGGCCGAGGUUGCGGCCGCCGUGCUUCCUGACGUUUGCGAUGCAGAAGCGAUGGUGCAGAAGCGAUGGAAAUCGCUACGCGACAAGUUCAGGCGUCUGUUCAUCGCGCGAAUGUCGGCGCAGAAGAACGGCAUCAAGGCUGAAGAGGCAGCUGAUGCCACCGUUGAUGAUGUGACAUGGCCAUACUACGAGCAGCUCCUCUUCUUGAAGAAUUCCAUUGAGGGAAUACCGUUAUCCAACAAUGCUAAUGUGUCAGAAGAACCUUCCGAGAAAGUAUUGCUGGGAAUUGCACCAUAUGGCGACGUUGACUGUGUCUCUCUGCUCUCCGUGGAAAGCAACCAUGAUGCUCUGCCGGCUGCCUCUCCAUCUACGGACUCUCAAGCAAUGGUAUCUGACUUGUCAGACCAGGAGAUCGCUAUUGCAGAGCCUGCAGAUAUUGAACCGGCACCUCAGCGAAGGCAGCGGAAAAGGAAGAAAGAGGAUGAAGAUCUGCAGCAACAGCUUGAUGAAGUGUCUAACCUCCUCGAAAAACACAAGCCACCAGAUGAGGAUGAGCACUUUGCCAUGUCUUUAGUGAGCCACAUGAGGGCUGUGAAGCCACAAAAUAAACUGGAAAUGCGUGUGAAGGUGUUGCAGAUUGUUCAGAUGUUUAAAGAGCAAUAGUUGAGUGUUUGGUGACUGGUUACAGAGGCAGCCAGGGAAUGUGCUCCAACCAUUCGGUGCACAUUGCAUUGCUUCCAUGCACAUCCAGUGUUAGGUGUACAGAGAAAAUAGAAUGCAAAGCUUGACAAUGGACAUGUGCUGUUGUCAUUUUACAUAAGCGUCACUUUUGUAAUUUAAAUAAAGCUUGUUUGAAAAAUA